AUGCUCGAAUGGAGUCAACCUUACAUGUCUCUUUGGGCAGCUGGUCUGCGCGAGGUGCAUCUGCAGACGCCGCUGGCUGUCAAGGCCGGCACUACAGUGACUCUGCGGUGCAACUACGACCUGCAGGACGACACGCUGUACACCGUCAAGUGGUACAAGGGCAGGUCCGAGUUCUUCCGCUUCACUCCGAAGGAGCUGCCUAAUACGCAGGUCUUCCCCCUCAACGGCAUCUCCGUUGACGUGCACACCUCCGAUCGGAAUCAGGUGGUGCUCAACAACGUACAGGUGGCCAUCUCGGGCAAGUACCGCUGCGAAGUGUCAGCCGACGCGCCGUCCUUCCAAACGCUGUUCGGCUCGGGGUCGCUGAGAGUCGUAGAACCCCCAGUGGUCAGCCCUGCGCUGCAAGUCGACAAGCUGAGGUACUCGCCGUCGGACCGACUGCGCGCGAACUGCUCCGUGCCGUCCUCUCUCCCGCCAGCCAACGUUACGUGGACCGUCAACGGGGCUCCGGUGCCGAACCACUCGGUGACAACGACCCCCACCAACUGCACGGGCACGUCGUCGCUGACGACUCGGUGUGGCGCCGUGUCGCUGCUCGACAUGGAGGUGCAGGGCGGCUCGUUUCACCUCGGCUCGCUGCGCAUCGAGUGCGCGGCGCACGUCUGGACGCUGUACCACGCUGCCGUGCACCGGGAUGUGGGCGAGGAGAAGCCUCGCCUCGGCGCCUCCGUCCUCGGCAACCGGGACUCGGCAGGUCCGUCGCUGUCAGUCAACUGGUGGUGCAGCUUCAUCUGUGUGGCCGCUGCCGUUCUUCUUGGUGCUCAUCACAGAUAGCACACUCUCUCGUGUGAUAUUCUGCUUUAAACACCCUUCGACAAGAAGUGAAAAACUGGCCGUCAUAUCACUCACCAGUGCUGCAGAUUCUUGAUAUUUUUAAAACCACAUGUCUUUUGGGGUCAGUUGAUUUGUCAUCCAUGAAAUUCAAGAACACGAGUCGCAGAGUUAAAAGUGCACGUUCUCCGUCGGCAUGGGCGUGGCCCAUAUUUCCAGAUCAGGAAAAUGGAAUAGUCGCACAUCGAGUUUCUCCUUUUUGUCCUGGGAUUUAAGCAGAUACGCAUACGUUGUUUUAGUCGAAUAAGACUUUUACAUACUGUGGACGUUCAUAGACAUUUUGUAAUGAAUGUGAAAUGUUCGCAGAAUCUGUCUAAACUGCGAAGCAUACUAUUUGUGCUACAAGCGUUCUCUCGUAUAUGUCGAGGCGUGUCGUCUUCAGCGGUCCGAGCCACCAGACAUCUCUGGCAGCCGUACUGAGUGAGGGUACAACGAAGGGGACACAUGAGCGUGCGUACCCAACGGCUUCAGCCACUAAGGUGUACAUACUUUAAGAAUUUAUCUAUGCACAUAGACAUAUAUAUUUUUGUAAAAGAAGAUUAUGAGGAAGGUUGUAAAGUGACGUUUGGAGUUAUACUCGUUGAAUCUUGUACAUAGUUAGCAGUUAAGUUACUGAGAUUGAAUCCUGUUUUACAAAUCGUGAUAGAAUUGGUGGAGGUAAUGUAUUUCCGAAUGUUAAAAGAUGAGUAUGUGUUGUGUCGAAAGUAUGUCGUCGCAAAGAACUGAUAAUGUGGUCGUUGGCUGAUGAGCAGUUCAGAAAAGCUGUCUGGGACGUAUCGAAACAACGUAAACAAGGUCCAACCUACUUUGACCUACUUGCCCGUGAACCAGUGAGAGCCCAAGGCACAACCAUCCUCUUAACUGCGUGAGGCACACUUUAAUUCAAUUAGAUAAAGGGCCAUCAAUCUCUGUCCUUACGUUGUGAUUCUGUGGAAAGUUUGGGCUACGCCCGUCUCGUUCAGUUACUGUCACGGUUUGUUCCGAAAGACAUGAUCUUGCCAAUUUGACCACAUGAGAUGUGUUUUGUUUCUUGUUUGUCUUCCUGUUCAACUUCACUGAAAAACAGGAGUGUGGAAGGUGCAUGCUCAUGGUAGUGUUUAACUGUAUGGUGCACACUCUUAGGUGUUGGACUGGAAAUUUGAAUUCUUCAAAGUGUUUGCAACAGUUCUCUUUGACACACAAGCGUUAUGGCCAACCUCGAAGUUGCAAACUUCGAAGUGUUCAACUUUAAUGUUCAACACUUUUUCGUAUUCAUGGAUCCAGUCAAACCCUUAAAAGAAUGCAACGUUGUGUUGAUCUCUAGCAUGUGCACGCUAGUGACACACUUACUUUAUUUAUCAGUGUUCAGAUGAAUUUAUCCUUUCAACUGCUACGUUUAACCGAAUGUGCUGUAUCUAUUUUCGUCCGUAAAAAUAUUGUUACAGACAAAACGCUUUAGCUUAAAAACAACCCGUUCCAAAUUUGAUUGUCAAUCGGGUGGGGUAUGUAACAUUUGAUGUGAUAUUCUUUAGAUAUGCAGUUUAUGAGCAAUCAAUAUCUGUAAAUUCGCAACAAACGAAAUUCCUGCUUGUGCAGUUUACGUACAACAUUACAGUUACAGUUUCAAAUAGUUUCUCUAUCCGAGAAAUCUAUCGUAACAGUUUUAGAAACUAAACAUAACGGGUCAUGAGUUCUGUGAGUAGGACGUGACCAGAGUUGUCUAGGAAUUUUGUAGUUCUGUAAAUACUUUCGUUGAAGAGUAAUUUCCAUUUGAUCCUUUUUCGUAAAAAACAAUCUUGUGAGCUUAGGUUCAUUGUGUAAAUGUAUCUUAAUGUUCGAGUCAUUGCUGAAUUUUUCAGAAUGAAAGUCCCUAAAAGCAUACUAGUAAAUUGGCUUUGUAUAUAUAUAGAUAAAUUAGAGAAGUGAAAAUUAUAAGGGACGGUAAUUUUGUGGUUGCUUUCUUUGUAAAUGGUUGAAAGUUGGUGAGAUGUUACUGUGUCUGUUACCUGUAUAGAUGAAAAUAAAUCUCAAUUUACUACUUAA